CCCCUUUCUCGGACUGGCAGUCUCUCCUGAAGCCCUCCUCUUUGUUGCACACCUUUCAGAACACCUCGAUCGAAGCUUCAUAGUCGGCAACGGCGAAUAGUACAGUACAAUAAAGCUGCUUGUUCUUUAGAGACAGAGGCCUAGACUAUCUUGUCGUCCAACGAAAAAGUCACUCGAUGUUGACCUCACAGACGGCCUCUGAAGAACCAUCCACUGGGACAGCAAUGACCGCCGCAAAGGACGACGCUUUCAGCAGAAAGCUAAAAAGUGUGCGACGCUCCUCUGCCGAGAAGCUCGAUCUCGAUCUGUACAACGACCCUGCGGUGAACCACCGACUAGCGCCCACCUCCAGCCUCGCAUCCGAAAUGAAAGUGACGAAAACAGUGUCGCAACAUACUUCCUCAACACAUGGGAUCAGCAGCUUAUCGCCCACCGACGAAUCCGUAGCGAUGAUGUCUCAGGUUUUGCCCCUGCGACAAGAGGCGAGUGGACGUUUGUCACGGUCGCCAAGAGGAUACCCAGAAUCUCCAACCCCGGCACCUUCAAAACCAAGACAAGUACGGGCAGCGGACCUGAUAUCAUCCACAAAGCCGUCUGCGAGUCCUUUAUCUCGUGAGCUCCAGAACGCAGAAGCUUCUCACCGCAGUCGUUCAGCGCCAGCCGAUGAGCCUGUCACAUCAGAGCGAUCAAUUGGAGACGAAACGAUUGACAAUCUCCGCAGAUUAUCCGAGAUCAGCGGUCCAAGUCCUCGGAAGAGAGUGCAGUCACAAGAUCGGGAGGUGGAUAUCGAGGGGGAGGAGGGCGGGGAAGGAUGGGAGGAGGAUGCGCUGAAUCUGGGACUGUCGCUGGAUUUGGGGAUGGACGACGAUGAGGCGUAUGCGGUUGACGAAACGGCGGAGGCUAUGGAGAUUGAGACGUACCUGGAAGAGGAAAUAGCUCGAAUGGAAAACGCGAAAAUAAGUAAACUUGCGCCUCUGGCCGCCGAAGAAGAGCGGAGGCUAAAGGAACGAAACGAGCUACUUGACACGGUGUUGAACCGACUUCGAGCACAAGAGAAGGAGUUGAAGGAGGCGAAGGAGCGGUUGAGCAUCCAGUUGGAGCAUCAUCGGAGAUCGCUGUGGAUUCUUGCGGAUCAGCGUCAGAAGCUGGACGAUGAGCGGGCUUCGGCAUGGUGGGCCACUGGCAUCUUCGACAUUGAAAUGUGAGUCCUCUGUCGAAGGACCCGUCGGACUCAGAUGGACCUUGGGACUGAGCAUCUUCCACCCCUCUCAAACAGAACAAUCCGGAAGCUUUACUACCCCGCCUUCCUCGUCGUCUUCCUCCACGUAUACCUCGUAUUCAUCGAUCAUUGGGUGAACUCCAACUACCCACCACAAUGUUCGUAAUGUACCCCAAUCUGUGAGGACGCAGGGGUCUGUACCUAGUACGGGGUCUUUCAGGCCCUCCCAUGAGAAUCA